GGUGGAAACACAGGACUCUAGCAGGAUUACGAUGAUGGCUAAUGUCGAAGUGUAAGCAGGGACUUGGAAGAGCAUCUAUCUGUAGCGAGCACAUCAUAGGAUGUGACAAUCUUGUAUCGUUUUAUUUCUAGGAAUAUGUCAAAGGUUGUAAGGCCAACUUCGGAUGAGACAAUGUUUUUAUUACAUUUUUACUCUGUAAGGAAAAUCAUACCAUUAUGCAAUAGAACAAACCCACCUCCCAUUUUCCCCUCCAACUUCUCCUAUAGCCCUCCCAAUAAGUCCCUCUCUCAACUUCACAUCUGUAUAAAUGAUCCACUGUGUCCAGUGGAAACGGACCAAUGUGAUGGAUGGGGAGGGGCGUCGAUGGGAGCAUGGGAAACCAGAUAGUGGCCAUGCUCUCAGAGAAGAAUCAUCCUCCCUUCCCCAGUGGCUACCAACUGCCUAGAGAGCCUCGGUUUGGGGGUGGGGUCUGGAGAAUACCACCCACAUCUAUGCUAGAACUCCGGCCAGCUUGAUCCUACACAGGUAUGCAUGGGCACGAGCCAUGCCAUGGCCAGAAGGUAGCAUUUCACGGCACUCCCCAUCCUUAUCCUCCGGCUCCUGAACUCUGGGGUCGGGGUGGGGUGUGACAGAGCUGUCCUCAGACUCUUAUUCUCGGCACUCUGCCCAGUUAUAGGUCUCUGGGUUGACUGCUGUCAACUGCAAAAGGCAGAUUCUCUAGCCAGUGUUCAGAGUAGCCCAGGCCUACCUGUAUAAGCAUAUAUGCUUAGCAGGUAAUUGCACAGCAUGAAUAUUUAUGAAAGUAACAAUAGCAGGCUAUGCCCUAGGGUGUUGUGGGAACUCCUUUAGUGUUUAAGAUACCGACCCACUUUUGACGUGGUCUCAUGUACUAUAUAUAAACGCGGAUAAAACCCAUGCGCGGCCCUCUUGGCUGCUGGAUUCGGUUCCAGUUCCCAGCGCAUGCAGAGGACUGUGGAUCGCUACCCUUGCUAUGAGUUUAUCCCCCCCUCCAAAUUGGCAUUUGUUAUAUGCCAUUCCAAGCUACUGUGGGACUGUUUUGUAUGCCAACACUAGGGCCUAUCUCUUCAUCUAUUUAAAGUACGUCUUGUCUAUUCAUGAACUAAAGAUCAGUCCACUUUAGUAUGCCACUGACUGUUAUAGUUGUUACACAGCAUUAUGACAGCAAUGGAUGACUGAUACAAAAGGAACUAAAGUAGCUGUGGAAUAUCUACUAUAGAUAUAGCGAAGGUUUACAGUGAGACAUAUGCUUUCAUAACUUGCUUCGUCUCCCGGCCUUCUGGUUUGCUUAUUAAAAAAAAAAAAAAACACGCUUACUUGUGACAAACUGAUGAUUCCAAAAAUAGUACUCAAACAAUUUAGAAAAACCUUAUACUCGUGUCUUCUUUUCUUUCGAGUUAAUCUCUCCAACAUUCUUCCCGUUGAUCUACUGUGUCCCAAAUCAGACAUAGCUAUGAGAGACCCUGAAAUCUUGGUUUCUCCUGUUUCUAACAUCAGAGCAUUUUACUGUAAUCAAAUAUACAAGAAAUAAGCAUCUACUUAUUUUGCUAUCUAAUGCAAACUUAAUCACACAACGUGAUCUUAUUUAUUUCUAGUUUAUUCGCUUCCUUGCAACUAGUAGCGCGCACCAAAUUGUAUUUGUUUUUAUGGCCAAAUAAUAUUCCUUUUACGUAUAAAUACCGAUUAAUCUGUAGGAUACUUAGUUGUUUCUAGCUUUAGGCUGCUUUGUAUAAUGCUGCUAUGAAUGUUGGUGAAUACAGAUGUUUGGCCCCCGUUUUGCCAGAUCAUAAGUAAAUUGUUUGAUUUCUGAGUAAUCGCCAUGAUUUCUGAGUAUCCAUGUAUCCCAGGCUGGCAGAAACUCCAACGUAGCCAAGGAUGACCUUGGACUUCUGAUCCUCCUGCCUCCAACUUCCCAGUGCCACAUUGGGUUGGUGUGGUACAGGCAGUAGAGGUGAGGGUUUUUUGUUGUUGUUGUUGUUCAUGCUAGGCAAGCACUCUGCAACCGAGCUACAGACCAUCCCAAGAAUGGCAAGUUCUUGAAGGCGGGGAAAAUAUUUUGGCCUUUUCGGAGUUUUUGCCCCUUUUGUCUUUUUUUUUUUUUUUGUAGCCCUUGGGGUCAAACAUACAAAAGAUAUUUAACAACCACCCACCCAUGUGUUAAACUAAUACUGUAUUGCAGACUUUCUCUACCUACUUAAUUGCUACAUAGUGGUUAAGACUAAAUGCAGUCACAAUACAGCCCGUUAGAAAACCUGUAAUUAAGACAUCUUUCAUUUACAUGGAACAUGUAUCUUGCGAGGUAUCAUGACAUUUUGUUGCCAAGAAUCUCAGUUUCAUAUAUAAUUUUCAGAUAAGUCCUUUAUGCUUCAGGGCAGGGUUUGCCGUCGUCGUUUGGUGUCACAGCCUUUGAUGUGACCUCCCUUUUAUAAACUGCCACCGACAACAUUUUGUAGCUUUACCAACCUCAUGCUGCCGAAGCACAGAUGUGUAAGAAAGCCUGCAGUGUAAACCCUGAUAGUAACCUUGUGGUGUAGUAGUGUUCAUUCAUCAUGUGCCGCCGGUAUUUGGAUCUACACCACGUGCAAAACCAAACAAACAACAAAAAAGCCUGCAAUUAAACCAAACCAGGUUUUCCGCCAGGUACUUAGCUCCUCUGAAUGCACUGUUACAGAAACUAGCAUGCCUGAACCUCCCAGUAUCUCUCUCCGGUCUUCACAAGGUGUAGCGGAUCCGUUGGCGCGCUUGGGGCGCGGUCUCUUUAAGGUGUAAUGGAACUCUGAUGGCGUCGAUCACAGGCUCACAUCCGCCUCGCCCCCCACAGAUCUCAUUUCGCCCCAAGCUUCUCCCCGGUCCUCCCGCGCACCAACCCGAGGGUCCGCUACCUCGGAUGCACGCGGGCUCCGCUAUGUGCGAGCGCUUGACCCCGCACCGGCGCGCUCCCGCCGAGCCGUCCGCUGUCCCCCGCGUGGCCAGCGUCUCGGGGCUCGUCUGGCCACGCCUGGAGCGCGGGCUUUGAUUGGGCCGCCGUUGUUGUAGUGACCGGGAGGCGCCGGCGCUCGGAGCUGACGGUUCCGGGCGCCGCACGGUCCCCCCCCUUGUCCCCGUCCCUCCCUGGCUCCCUCAGGCCCCAGAGCUGCCAGUUCCCCGCAUGGCCUCCGUCCGGGUAAGGCCCCCGCCGGCUGUCCGAGCCGACCCCAUGGCAGCGGGGCCAGGUGGGGGGGACCCCCGGCCCGGGAGCUCGGCCUAUCGCUCGCACGGCGCCCGGCACCGGGAGCUCCGUGCCCAGACAGGGCGGUGAGCGCUGCUCCCGGGCUCCCGGAGCUCGGACCCCCGACUUCCCGGCCGCCUUCCGCGCCACGCCUGCGUCAGAAUCGUCUGGGAGGUUUAAAGGGCGCGGGAACCUGCGCCGUGCACCGGCGGCACGGCCCCCCGAGCCGGGGCGGGUCCCUAGGCUGCACGCUCCGGAGCCUGGGCUGGGGGCUCCUCCGGCGGGGGGCACGGGCAGUUCCCGUACCUGUCACCCCCGGAGGUGAUGCCCGCGCUUCCCUCGAUGUCCACCGAUGAGGCGGGGUUCUCUCCAGCCUCGGGGGACCGGCAACGCUGGCCUCUGAUCCCGAGAGUUCGAAUUCUGCACCUGCUUUCAAAACUUGCCAACUUUCCAUCCUAGGAGGACCCGAUUCUGGAACGUUAUUUUAAAGGCCACAAAGCUGCGAUCACUUCCGUGGACUUCAGCCCCAACAGCAAACAACUUGCCACUGCCUCUUGGGACACCUUUCUUAUGCUGUGGAGUUUGAAGCCAAACACUAGAGCUUACAGAUAUGUGGGCCACAAGGACGUUGUGACCAGCGUGCAGUUUUCUCCACAAGGAAACUUAGUAGCCUCUGCUUCACGAGACAGAACUGUUAGGCUCUGGGUUCCUGAUAGGAGAGGGAAGUCCUCUGAAUUUAAGGGACACACGGCUCCAGUUCGCAGUGUGGACUUCUCGGCUGAUGGCCAGCUUCUGGUUACAGCUUCUGAAGACAAAUCGAUUAAAGUAUGGAAUGUGUUCCGCCAGCGCUUCCUCUACUCCCUGUACCGGCACACACACUGGGUCCGCAGUGCCAAAUUCUCACCCGACGGGAGGUUAAUCGUGUCAUGUAGUGAGGAUAAAACGAUUAAAAUUUGGGAUACCGCCAGCAAGCAAUGUGUCAAUAACUUCUCGGAUUCUGUAGGGUUUGGAAAUUUUGUGGACUUUAGCCCUAACGGUACAUGCAUAGCUUCGGCGGGUUCUGAUCAUACGGUGAAAAUCUGGGAUAUACGAGUGAACAAAUUACUCCAGCACUACCAAGUUCACAGCUGCGGUGUGAACUCUCUAUCAUUCCAUCCUUCGGGGAACAGCCUGGUCACGGCCUCUUCUGAUGGGACACUCAAGAUUCUGGAUCUCCUAGAGGGAAGGCUCAUAUACACACUUCAAGGACAUACGGGUCCUGUCUUUACUGUCGCAUUCUCACGGGAUGGAGAGCUGUUUUCGUCAGGAGGUGCGGAUGCCCAGGUCUUGCUAUGGAGGGCCAACUUCAGUCAGUUGCACUGCAAAGACCCUAAUAAAAGAAACCUCAAAAGAUUGCACUUCGAGUCCUCCCCACACCUCCUUGACAUCUACCCGCGAUCACCGCAUCUCCAUGAAGAGAAGAAGGAGAUUAUUGAAAUUAAUCCAAAACUUGAGGUGAUGGAUUUGCAGAGUUCCUCUCCCCCUGUCGUGGAUGUCCUUUCUUUCGAUUCUGCCACAACAACAGAUUCUGCUAGCCGAGCUGUACCAGAGAAGGGUGAAGACAUUUGUGGAUAUUUCCUGAACCCUUCCUUAAUACCAGACCGCUCAUCAACCACUGUGAAAAAGAAAGCAGAAGACUUAAGUGACCUCCCCUUGGAGAGCCAAAGAAGCGUGCCGCUCGCUGUGACUGACGCUCUAGAGCACAUCAUGGAACAGCUCAACGUCUUGACACAGACGGUUUCAAUUCUGGAGCAGCGACUGACUUUGACAGAAGAUAAGCUGACAGGCUGCCUUGAGAAUCAGCAAAAGCUUUUCAAUGUCAUCCAGCAGAGAACUUGACUGAGAAAGUGUGUGAGCACAAGCCAAUAAAGGAAGGCCUGUUCAGACGCUCAGGCAGGUGUAGCCGAGCGGUCCACCCCCACCUGCACUCAUUACCACAGCUUCUUCAGAGAGUGAGCAACAGAACAACAGGUUGAAGUCAUUUUUUAAGAACUAACUUAAACACAUAAAUCAGUGUCAAGGAUCAAUUUAAGCUCUUCCCAGUUAUAAUUGCAGUAAUGAAAUUAUAAGCAUUUAAAUCCCCCCCUCCCAUAUUAUUUGAAAUGUCAGUUUUUAUCCAAAGUGUGAAUCCCCACCGGGAAAGUAACCAGACCUCUAGAUUUCAUUGUUAAAUCAUUUCGAUUGACCAUGUUCAGGCAGUCCCUGAAGGUAAUUCAUGUAUUUCUUAGAUGAACACACCCUUGAUGCGAAAUAAUUCACUUCCUUCCAGGUAGCAUCUCAGAAAAUACGUUAUUGAGCCAGCUCAUGUUUCGUUCAGGUCAGAAAAACUACCUCCUUAUUAUCAAUGCCCUGGAAAGAGGCUCCCGGAAAAUUUUCCACAGAGAGAAUAGGCUUGAUUAGCAACAGCAGCAGAACGAGAGUUCUCCUUGUUUGCCAGCAGCGAGAACCCACACAGCCUGAGUUACAACUGCAGCCUGAGCAAACACACUGCGUCGUACUGAGCUCUGUUGUUGAGAGUUCGCAGAGAUUAUGUUUGUAUGAUUUCAGUGUGCCCAAUAGCCAGAAUGAUGAAAAUAUAUACUCAUGAAGAUACAAAUGAAUCACGUGUGUUAUUGCUUAGGGCGAUGCCGGCUGCUGAAUCGGCAUAUUUUUAUUUAGAAAAAAAAUCUGCAUCUUGUUUUAUUUUAAUGAAUUGUGAUUUGAAAUGAAAGGGAGGCAGGCAUUCCAAAUGACCUUGGUCACAAGUGAAGCAUAUUUAUCUUCAAAUGGAAAUCAAAGUCGAAAAGAGGCGAAUCCAAGGCAGCCAGCUUUGGGCCUGGAGAACAAAGACCGUAUGUUUCUGUGGGGGCCAGAGGCUAUCUACGGCCUGCAAAUGAAGAGAAAAUGAAGGCCUGGCAGGGUGGGAACUGAGAAUUCUCUCCACUAGUUCCAGCUAUGUACCCAUGAGCUGGGCUUAUCUUCUGUCUCGCUGCAUGUUGUAAAUGCCUUUUCUGUCCUGUGAGUGUGACUGUCUAGACAUUUUUACAAGCUCACAAAACUGAGAGGCCCUGGACUUUUAUACCUUCAUUGAGAAGACUACAUAAAAAAUGAAAUGUAACACCAACUUUUGUUUACUCUUUUUUAUGCUUCAAACAAUAAAGACAGUUCUCUCUUUUAAAAACCCAGAAAUGUUAUCAUUGUCCUCCUCUAGACUGCAGUCCUCGAGUGGU